AUGCCUGAGAUAGAAGGGGUCUCACAGAGUCUGGACUAUGACAACAGUGAGAAUCAGCUGUUUCUGGAGGAGGAGAGACGGAUGAGCUUCUUAGGGUUCAAGUGUUUGGAGAUCAGUCGGUGGGUGAUCUGUGGUCUGAUUGGCUUCCUGACUGGACUCAUAGCCUGCUGCAUAGAUAUCGCCGUGGAGAACCUGGCUGGGGUCAAGUACUACGUUGUCAAACAGAACAUCGAGAAGUUUACGGAGGUGGGAGGUCUCUCCAUCUCUCUCAUCCUCUGGGCUGUGCUGAACUCGGCCUUCGUCAUGGUGGGCGCUGUUAUUGUGGCGUUCUUCGAGCCAGGAGCAGCAGGAAGUGGGAUACCCCAGAUUAAGUGUUAUCUGAACGGAGUGAAGAUCCCCCGGGUGGUGAGACUGAAGACCCUGGUGGUGAAGGUGUGUGGUGUGAUCUGCUCUGUCGCCGGGGGACUCGCUGUCGGAAAGGAAGGUCCCAUGAUCCACUCUGGUGCCGUGGUGGCAGCAGGAGUCUCCCAGGGACGCAGUACCUCCCUGAAGAAGGACUUCAAGAUCUUUGAGUAUUUCCGUAGAGACACAGAGAAGAGGGACUUUGUAUCAGCUGGAGCGGCUGCAGGAGUGUCUGCUGCUUUUGGAGCACCAGUUGGUACACACAGCACAACAUGUCCCUCAGCACAACAUGUCCCUCAGCACAACAUGUCCCUCAGCACAACAUGUCCCACUCUGCACAACAUGUCCCUCAGCACAACAUGUCCCUCAGCACAACAUGUCCCUCAGCACAACAUGUCCCUCAGCACAACAUGUCCCACUCAGCACAACAUGUCCCACUCAGCACAACAUGUCCCACUCAGCACAACAUGUCCCACUCUGCACAACAUGUCCCUCAGCACAACAUGUCCCUCAGCACAACAUGUCCCACUCAGCACAACAUGUCCCACUCAGCACAACAUGUCCCACUCAGCACAACAUGUCCCUCAGCACAACAUGUCCCACUCAGCACAACAUGUCCCACUCUGCACAACAUGUCCCUCAGCACAACAUGUCCCACUCUGCACCACUGCUAAGCAUACAACUGUCAUGACCUUCUAAAUGUUCCUCCCAAUAAAGUUUUCACCUGACUCGCUCUCGCUCUCUCGCGUUCUCGCUCUCUCUCUGUCUCUCUCUGACUCUCUGUCUCUGUCUCUCUCUGACUCUCUGUCUCUGUCUCUCUCUGUCUCUCUCUCUGUCUCUCUCUGUCUCUCUCUGUCUCUCUCUCUCUGUCUCUCUCUGACUCUCUGUCUCUGUCUCUCUCUGUCUCUCUCUGUCUCUCUCUGUCUCUCUCUGUCUCUCUCUGUCUCUCUCUCUCUCUCUGUCUCUCUCUGUCUCUCUCUG